AUGAGUGGAAGUGGCCCCUUCCCCAAACCAGUCCUCCAAGCCCAGCCGGGCUCCGUGGUUCCACCCGGAAGCAACAUAACCCUACAGUGCACCAGCCCCAUCCUGGGCUCUAGAUUUGUUCUCAGAAAAGGAGUCAAGGCCCUGGGGGCCGGGCACCCCCGGUUUGCCACGCAGUGGAGACAGGGAGGAGUGGACUUCCAGCUCACAGAACUCCAGCUGAGCGACACUGGGCCCUACACCUGCGAGCAGCACACGCCCGGGAGCCCCGACCCUGGGGCACAGCUCAGCGAGGUCCUUUUGCUACUGGUUACUGGUGCUUCACCCAGCCCUUCCCUGCAAAGCCACUCAGGGGACAGGGUGGCCCUGGGUGGGCAGAUGACCCUGCGGUGCCAGAGGCCGGACAACAGGACGGACAACACCACCUUCGCCCUGCUGAAGGAGGGAGCUGCAUCGCCCAUCCAGAUUCAGCAUUCACCAGGGGGCAGCAUGGCGUUCACUCUAACCCGGGUGACGGGCGCCGACUCGGGGCGCUACCGCUGUGUGUACCUCCAGACACAAGCCCCUUCCUGGGCCUCGAGUCCCAGUGAGGCCCUGCAGGUGAUGGUGGCAGGCUUCCCCAAACCUCGCCUCAGUGCCUGGCCCAGCUCUGUGGUCCCUGCCGGGGGUCAGGUGACCCUGAAGUGCUCGAGCCCCACCCCAGGCAUGCGCCUGGUCCUCAGGAAGGAGGCCCGGCGCUGGAGCGCCCGCCUGGCAAACCCUCUGACCGAAGGCACCGCAGAGUUUCCUCUCACAGACCUGGGGCUUGGUGACAUGGGGCCCUACACAUGCGAAUAUUACUGGAAAGGAAGCCCAGGACUGGUGUCAGAGCCCAGUGAGGCCCUGAUGCUACUGAUCACAGGCACUUCACCCAGCCCUUCCUUGAGAAGCCACCUGGGGGACAGGGUGGCCCUGGGUGGGCAGGUGACCCUGCGGUGCCAGAGGCCGGACAAGAGGACGGACAACACCACCUUCGCCCUGCUGAAGGAGGGAGCUGCGUCACCCAUCCAGAUUCAACAUUCACCAGGGGGCAGCGUGGCGUUCACCCUUUCCCGGGUGACAGGCACUGACACCGGGCGCUACCGUUGUGUGUAUCUCCAGACCCAAGCCCUGUCCUGGGCCUCGAGUCCCAGCGAGGCCCUGCAGGUGGUGGUGGCAGCUCCCCUGUCUGCCAUUGCCAGGGGCCGCCACAAGUGUCUUGUCAUCCGGCUGGGAAUGGCUGCUAUGGUCGUGGCGCUGCUGGGCAUCUUCUUGGCUGAAGCUUGGCACAGCUGGGGUGAUCUCCCAGGGAACCCAGCACCCCACCCCAAAAGUCUUGCACAAGCCUUCGGAUUUGCACGGAAGAGCUCUAUGCACAGGAUGCAGGGGAAGACGUGGUCACAGAUGCCCAGCUGCAGGAGGAAAUUGAGAACCCACGACACGGAGAGACCAGAGCAUCAGAGCCCAGCCUACAGGACCCAUGGAGCCCAGUUCCAGCGGCUCUGCCCCACCCCACACCCAAAGCUGCCGGCUGGACACGGACACCGGCAAGUGGGGAGUCAUGGGAACCCUGAUCCUGAGCCUGCUCUGUCUGGGACAGAGGCCUCCCCAGAGUGGUUGCAGCCCAGCUGGGCUGUGGAGCUGGUGCUGACAGAACCAGCCAGUCCUUCCCCAGUAGGAUGCUGUGGAUUUAUGCGGUCUGGAAAGUUCUGCUGA